CUCCUCAGAGCGCCUGUGUCAAUCGGAAGGAAACAUCCUCGUCAGGUUUUUUUUAUAGGGCUCAAGAAAUACCUAGCUACAUCCUUACAGCCAUUUGGAAGAAAUAUGCCUAGAUUGUUUGCGUUUUAGCGAAUAUAGAUCAAUUUUCACAGACUGAUGCGGCCAUGGCAGGUCUCGGUGUCUGCUUUAUCGAUACACGCCUGAAACAUCUGAAGGAUACAAAGUGAAAGAUACAUUAUAAUUGAGUUGAUCUGAUCUCGGUAGACUUCACUAGCGCGCAUGCGAGAUAACAGUCCUGUGCUCUGGAUGAUAUGCUGAUGUGAACCGAAUGUCUGUCCAAGAUAAUGUGAUUUUGUUUUUCCAGAUCCAUUUUUCUGUGACACUAUAAUCGGCGAGUCAAAAACGGGGACUAAUUUUUGAGCCAUUUGCCUUGUAUAGUGUUUUUAAACGGUACAUUUGUUGGUUAAUGAACGGAUAUCUUCAUCUCCAAUCAGCUGACCACCUCUGAAUUCACUGCAUUGGAAGAGAUAACCUGGAGUUAUCCUUUAUUUUGCUUAAACAGAAGCUAUUCGGAACCCAGAUAUUUACUGUUGUGUCAAAGGAGCCUGUAAGGAUCGUGGUUGAACAGUGACGGGAUCUUGGAGAUGUCAGGCCGGCCUAGGACCACCUCAUUUGCGGAGAGCUGCAAGCCAGUGCCGCAGCCUUCAGCCUUUGGGAACAUGAAAGUCAGCAGAGAUAAAAAUGGCAGUAAAGUUACAACAGUGGCCGCGACCCCCGGUCAGGGAUCUGACCGACCUCAGGAGGUCAGCUACACGGACACAAAGGUCAUCGGGAACGGCUCGUUUGGGGUGGUUUAUCAAGCGAAGCUGUGCAACACCGGAGAGCUGGUGGCCAUAAAGAAGGUGCUGCAGGAUAAAAGGUUUAAGAAUCGUGAGUUACAGAUCAUGAGGAAGUUGGAUCACUGUAACAUUGUCCGUUUGCGCUACUUCUUCUACUCCAGCGGAGACAAAAAGGAUGAGGUGUAUCUGAAUUUGGUGAUGGACUACGUGCCUGAAAACGUGUACCGGGUGGCCAGACACUACAGCAAAGCCAAGCAGAAUCUGCCCAUGGUCUAUGUCAAGCUAUACAUGUACCAGCUGUUCCGCAGCUUGGCGUACAUCCACUCGUAUGGGAUCUGCCAUCGAGACAUCAAGCCGCAGAACCUCCUGCUCGACCCAGAGACAGCUGUACUCAAACUCUGUGACUUUGGAAGUGCUAAGCAGCUGGCGCGUGGUGAGCCUAAUGUUUCCUACAUCUGCUCGCGCUACUACAGAGCCCCUGAGCUCAUUUUCGGAGCCACAGACUAUACUUCCAGCAUAGACAUUUGGUCGGCGGGAUGUGUACUGGCCGAGCUGCUUCUUGGACAGCCGAUCUUUCCUGGAGACAGUGGUGUCGAUCAGCUCGUUGAAAUCAUCAAGGUGCUGGGAACUCCUACACGAGAGCAGAUCCGGGAGAUGAACCCAAAUUACACUGAAUUCAAGUUUCCACAGAUAAAGGCACACCCGUGGACUAAGGUUUUCCGGCCCCGGACCCCUCCGGAGGCGAUAGCUCUGUGUUCCCGAUUGUUGGAGUACACGCCUACGGCCCGAUUCACUCCUCUGGAGGCCUGCGCUCACACUUUCUUCGACGAGCUCCGUGAGCCCAACCUCAAGCUCCCGAAUGGAAGAGAGCGGCCUGUGCUGUUUAAUUUCACUACACAGGAGUUGUCCAGUAACCCCUCGCUGGCCUCUGUACUCAUUCCUGCACAUGCUCAGAACCAGGUGGAAAACUCUUCCCAGUCUGCCUUGGCUGCAACAGGUGCCAACAGUGGCGAUCGUGAUCCGAACACCAACGCUGCCUCUGCCGUCCCUAAUCCUUCAACUUGAACCCCAUCCACCCAUCAAUGGACCACUUUUAUGCAGCUGCUUAUCAGCCAUGCCCACUCCCCGGGGUCAAUGGCGUGGCUAAAACUAUC